AUGGGGACACCUAAACUACCCAAAGCUCCAGUCGUCCCAAGAGGUAUCAGCCAGGUUGGACUCGGCACUGCGAGAAACUUCUCCACCGGCCGACCUAUCUUCCAGAACUUGGUUCAGAAUGUUCCCAUCGCAAGCCGAGCUGCGUACGAAGUUGAUUGGGACAUCGGAGAGAAGAUGAAGGAGGAGAGGAAAUUGGCCAUGGGCAAGGAGCAGAAGAAGGCCCGCAAGACCAAGGUUGCGAAGGCUGAGAAGGUUCACUUCCACGACGCCGCCGCCUCCGUUGCUUCCUCUGCUCAAGAGCAGACCGAGGAGGAGCUCAACCGCUACUUCCCUGCUGCACCCAUUGCCGCCGUCUCUACCCAGCUCCUUAUUCCUCUCGCUCCCACUCCUACUUCCCGCCUCCCUCUUUCGGCCAACCCUCCAAGCAUGUCUACCAAGCAUCCGCUCUUACCCCUUAAUGUCCUCGGGGACCUUCACGCGAAUCAUAACAUGCACUCGCUCCGUGUAUCAACUCUCUUCGGACGACUUGAUGUUGCGAAC